AUGUUUCAUGUCAAGUGCCCACAUGAGAGAACCUCGUUCGCGAGCCUAGUUCAUGUGCUGGGGUCUUUGGACCUCCAUUCUGCUCUCGAGCCUCUUAGAGCACACGGCGUUAAGUCCGCCUCUGAUCUGGAAAAUACCCCCAAGACGCAGCUACGGCAGUGGAUCGGAGACCCGGCCGUCGACAAGCUUUUCAACAGGUCGGUGGUUCGCGCUCGGUCCAGGGCGGACGCCCCAGAGGUGCAUCCGUACCAACGAGGGUCGCGAAGUGCUGCCGCCUCGGUGCAAUCAGAGAGUGCAUUGGCUUUGGCCGACGCUGCUUUUCAAGAGGAUAAGUUCGCAAAGACCUCCAGAGGUCCGAGGGAGUCUCGCUGGAAACUUUGGUGCUCCCUCGCAGAGCAACGGAACCUUCCCCCUCUCCCGGUUACGGUCGAGCUUAUCGAUAAGGUCGGCGCCCUCUUCAAGCAAGCAAGGUACCGCUCGGCAGCCCAGUACUAUAGCGUGGCUAAAGGGGAACACCGGGCGCAGGGACACGACUGGUCGCCAGCCCUGGAUCACGCAGUUGCUCAAGCCGUGGGGUCGAUCACAAGGGGUAUGGGGCCAUCGGCAGAUAAACUGGACUUCCCUUUGGAAGCGUGCUCCAGGAAGUUCGACAGAGAUAUCGAGGCAGCCUAUGUACGCCUCCAAGUGCCGGGGGCUGCCAGGAUCGAAUACCCCUCAGACACAGGUAUUGUGGCCGCUUGGUUUCUCCUUCGCGGACUCGAGAUUUCCUCUGUCUUAUGCGAGGACGUCAGCUUUUCUCGGGAAGGGCUCGUUAGGCUCAACCUCCCGAUAUCGAAGACAGACCCCACGGCGAGAGGUUGCCACCGGUCGCACGCUUGUAUCUGUUCGCGGACACAUGACCCAGGCUGUGGUCGCAGUGGAGACGAGGCCCUCCUCUUCACGCCUCUGCAGCAAUGCGACUGUUCCCUUGGCAGGAACCCACUGUGUGCAUAUCACGCAGCAUUGCGAUGUUCGAUCCGACUCCGCAAGCAGGGUCGCUGGAGCGCGAAGUCACCCUUUUUCGGUGAUGGUUCGGGCCCACCAACCAAAGCCCAGGUUGUGUGGCUGGCCCGCGUGUUCGCAUGGGUCCUUUUUGCAGGCGACCUCCACGAAUGGCCCCGGCAAGUUCUGCAGCGGUGGGCCCAACACGCCUUCCGCGUCGCUGGCGCGCAACUGUUCGCACGGGCCGACCUCGACCUACAUGUCAUCAUGUUGCUGGGCCGUUGGGGAAGUGCAGCUAUCUAUCGUUAUGUUCAGGAGGCUGCCCUGGCUAACCCGCCCCGAGAUCAGGCCAGCUGGCGCUAUUGCCGGCAGCUCUCGACCAGGUCAGGGCAGUGGUCGCCGAUUGCUUUCGAGGCCAGAGGGGUCGACGUCCCAGGAGUGAUACACCACCUCUUCUCGGACCGCUCCAAGAUCCAGGCUUUCUUGGACCCGCUGAGAGCAGGCGUCGAGUUGGCAGGAGACACAAAGAAGCGGUCGGCCGACGAGCUCUUGAUCGACCAGGCCACCGUUCUCGAGCUGCUGGACGUGAUAGCGGCGACGAAAACAGCAGCCUCCCCAGCAGCCCCGGCCGCACCGGCAGAGGAGCAGGCCUUCGGCCAGGUCGAGACGGUAGAGGCAGGGGCGGCAGAGGACGAGGAGUCGGGCGCGGUAGAGGCAGAGGCAGAGGCGGCAGAGGACGAGGAGACGGGCUCGGUAGAGGCAGAGGCAGAGGCGGCAGAGGACGAGGAGUCGGGCUGGCAAGAAGAGCAGGACGACAGAUCACCUGAUGCCGAUGGAAUCAUCAGAAAAAAGGGCCAAGGUGUCUGGGAAAGGCGCAUGGAAAGUGUGGACACCGGAAGCGUUACUCCGAGCAGCAUUUUCUCAAGCAUCAUCGGCGUUGCGCCAGGCCUUGCACAAGAGCUAGGCAAAGCAAGACAUUGUGCAGUAUCAGAGUCGCACAACCCACCUAAGCUUUGGAUCUUGAACCUGAUGUUCGACGAAACCGAGCUGGAUCUGAGUUUGAAUGGUGAUGGGAAGUAUGACAGAACAGGAUUUCAUUCGAGUAGCUUUUGCACCUUGGCUGACUUUCCAUGUCUGCUGGUGACGUGCGACCAGGCCUCAGCAAAUAUCAAGAACGGGAACGUGGUUGAGCGAAUUACAAAGCUUUUGGGCAUUCUGCCAGGUUCCUACUGUGUAGCAAAGUGCACCAGUAAAGGCAAAGUGUUCAAGGAUCUGAGGGAAGCUGUCAAGCAACAGAUUGACAAGGAUUUGGUCGUCAUGUCAGAAGAGCAUCCAGGUUUGCAGGCCGAAUGGUCCAGCGCACGCAAGCAAGCAACCACCUUCUUAGAACUUAUGCUGCAAGGAUUGGGCGAUGCCAAACCUGAAGAACGUUCCGGAGUUUCGCAGCGGAUCAAGAAGUUCGUGGACUUCUUCUUCCGCGGCCCCUGGCAGCAUGUGGUCGUCAUCACGGACCACCUCGCAUGUGACACCUACGGUGGAGUCGAGGCGAUCAAGUGGGCACGGAACAGCUACAACGACAGGCAUCCUGCCCAUGUCAUCUUGGACCUGACGAAUGAGUUCGGUUCCAAGUUGUGGCUCGGCGGAUCGAAGGCAGGCACCGACACUAACCUGAUGAUCAGGAAUGGAAUCGGAGCGGUGUGGCCUGCGGCCAAGUCGGUCCAGCCGGAUGACACAGCGGCGAUCCGUGUAUUGAGGUACACAGAUGGGACUGGCGUCGUGCACGGCAACGUGAACAUGGAGAGCGUGCUGCAGCAGAUCGACAAUGUGAUCUCCUUGCUGCACCGCGGCGUGUCGGUCCUCAUCUGCUGUGUCAACGGAGCCCAUCGCUCCGCGACACUUGGUGCCAUGACGCUCAUGCGCCUUUUGGGCUGGUCGGCGACAGAAGUUGCGAACUAUGUCUCCACAUUGCGCAACAUCGUCGACCUGAACAGCAGAGCGCCGCCAUCGCAGUACAGAGUGAACACUAUUCGCCCCAUCGACUUUUUGAUCGAGCACCAAGCAGAGAUCGCUGGUAAAUCGGGGGCCUCAGGCCUGGUCCAGGUCGGCAGCAACCAGGAGAUAUUUCCUUCCACGAGAUAUGCGAACGCCCUCAUCACCCCUGUUCAGUUUCGUCGGCGCUGCAUAGAAAUGGGGUUCGUCCUUUCAGGCAAGGGCAAGCGGACUCGCCAGUCGUUGCCAGGGCCACAGUCAUUGAUAUCGUCGAUGCCGCCGCCGCCCCCGCCCGGUCAGGUGCGGCAGAGUGGCACAAACACGGACUCCUCGUACAUCAACGUUCCGACGGUCAGUGCCGCCAGUGCAGAUGAUGAGGCAGUGGACCCACCAGUUAUGGUUGAAAUUGAGGUUGCAGACGACGAAGAGAACGAGGAGCCCACCGUGGAGAAGGCCUGCGAAAAGGGUGCAGCCGAAGCAGAGGAGCCGGAGUCAGACUUUGAGAUGGUGACCUGCGAUGACGAAGGCAAAGUAGCCGAUGUCAAUCCAGAGUCGCCUCCGCAGACGCCCCGUGCAAACUGGACUUCGGAAGACUUUGCACGCCUGGAGACAGUGAUGCGCGAUCUGGGGCACCUGAACCGCCAGCUGCUCUCUUUCAACAAUGCUGAGGUCGAGGAGGAUCAGGCCCAGGCUGAUGAUCAGGCCUCGGCCUCCGGCCCGGUAAGUGACCAGAUCGCAGAGCCAGGGCAGCAAGCGGCGGAAGCGGAUGAGCCAGGCGGCACCAGCGCAGACCCCGUGGAAUCGGACGAGGUGGCCCGGGACGAGGCCUUGGGCCAGGUUGAUGAUGAGCCUGCGACUCCUGCGACGGCCGAGUCCGGAGAGCCGCUGGAGCCCUCCAGUUUGGACCUCGAGAAGACGAUGGAAGCGCUCAAGGCGCAGGCGGCGGAAGGCGAUAAGGACGAGAUGCUUGGGAGGCUUUUUGGGCUACUUGAGACCCAGAAAGUCCAACAGCAGGCUCUAUUGUCGAGACUGCAAUCUCGCCAAGAAAUGGACGAGAGAAAGAACGUCAUCUUCACAGCGCUGUACAAUCGCGACAUGACGCGCCUCAGGGCGGAGCUCCAAGCGCUGACGGUCUCUGACCUCGUCUCAAUCAGAGACGAAGAGGGGAUGACAGUCGCCCAUCAUGCCGUGCGUUUGGGCCUUGGGCCUUGUCUGGAGUAUACUCUCCGGAAAGCCCCGACUCUUGCGGAUGCCGUGACGAACCCCUCAGGUCGCCCAGCGAACUGGACGCCGUUGAUGGUGUUGGUUGAUGCACCACCAGGAUCUUUGGGAGGCACGGACUACGCCUACGACAUGUUGAAGGUCCUGGUUUCCUACAUGAGCGUCACAGGUCUCGUGAAUCUCGGUCCUUUCAAGUCUCCAACAGGGGCGACAGCGUUUCACAUUGCAGCCUCUCGUGGGAACCACCGUGGGCUGCAGAAGCUUUUGUGGUCCCUCUACCACAAGAGUGGUGGUGACAGGAACUCAACCUACGCAUUUGGCCUGGUGACCUCACUCGUCAACAGCCCCGGCUUGAAGCGCGGGCAGGGGGUCGUCGACGCCGCACUCGCGAACAAUAUCGACUUGGCGAUGUAUGUGAAGCGGAAUUGGGGCGGGGUCGAGCUUUUGUCUCCCCCAAGCCGCGGCGGCUAUGCUGCGUAG